AUUGAUCUCUUCAGUAACAUCUCGAUGGUCUGAUACAUCUGAAAUGCGAACUGAUCAAAUAUUUGAAGAUGUCCCGAAGGUUUUUUAGAAGUUGCUCUUCAAGUGACCGCAGCGGAAUCAGCGAUGAAGAUGGUGCUUCAAUGAGUGUUUUUUACAUUCCGUCAGUUAUUCCAACCCAGGAAGACAAUUGGAUCGCCUCCAAAAUUAAGAAGAAAGAGUGUGCACGAUAUGUUGAAGACCAAAACGAAAAAUGUCAUUGUGGUAGGCGAAUGAGUGAACAUUUCAUAGAAGAGACACAGAGCAUCCAAUCAGGCAAUCAGGCAUUAGAGGAAGAAAAAUGGAUCGCCUCCAGAAUUAAGAAGAAAGAGUGCACACGAUAUGUUGAAGACCAAAACGGAAAGUAA